AGACCAUUUGGCUUUUUAUAAGUGGUUGUAAGGAGGGUUUAUACAUGCGCAAAUCGAAAACGAAAGUGGGAGAAAUAAUGGCCGACAUUUUCAGCAUGGAUAGCUAAUUUUGUAAUUUCAAGAAUUUUGAGCAGAGCACAGGAGAUAUACCUAGAUUGAUGGCACAAGCAAUUCAGCAGCAUUAUCAUAAACCAUGGAAACUGUUGGUAUCCGUAUGUUUAACUCGGAUGAAUGUUAUUAGUAAAGAACUAAAUGAAAUUGAGCAGCGUUUUGCAGCAUUUCAGGAGGAUUUGGAGCUUAGAAACUCUGUUUACAAUGACUAUGAAUACAGGAAGAAUGUGCUUAAGGCUGAUACACUAAAAGUAUCAAAAACAAAUCAUGGAGAUGAAGAAACUGUUGAUGCUGUGCAAGCAACAAGAGAGUUGGCUUCAAUGCAGGAUCAAGAAGAUAUUUGGGCAGCAGAUUUAAAGAAUUUAUCUAUUGCAUCAAGAAACACAAAAGAUGAUCAACUUGACAAUCGCACUUCUUUAAACCGAUGUCUGGAGAAAGAGCUACAUUUUGUUGUAAAAGACAAACAUCUUUUGAAUUCGGAAAUUUCGUUAUAUCCAUACACAGCACUGGAAGCAAAUGAGAGUUUGAGAGAGGCAUCUGAACGUCUCCUCCAAUCACAUGGCAUCAAUUCUUCCAUUUUGUUUUUAAGCAAUGCACCAGUUGGUGUUGUAAAGAUCAGAUUUAAAGAAGACGAGGAAAGAGGGGAAAUUUAUCAGGGAGCAAAGGUGUUUUUCACAAAAGCGCAACUUCGUGUUCCUAGCAAGGAAAACACGAUUGAUUGCAAAGCUCCUUUUGAAUGGUUGACACUGGACGAACUUCACGGUGUAUGUGGCGACGAAUAUUUUCGAAGAGUAAGGACGUUCGUGGCCUAACGUGCUGCUGUUGGAUGCAUGCUGGAGAAGAACAACAAUCAGUGUUCAUGGACAAUAAAACCACUAUCUCAAUGACAUUUGGUAGAAUGACAUAUCUGGUGUGUCUGGAGAUUAAAAUACACGAUCUGUAUUUAUUAAUUUAUUUUUUACCUGUGUAAGAAAUAAAUCAAUAAAUGAAUUUUCGAGAACAAUGAAAA